CCUUCUCGGCUAUUUCAACAUGUCGUCCAUCAAAGAUAACUACUCUCUCUUCUCGGUAUACGAAUAAAUUUUUGAUAAUGGAUUUCGGCUGACUUUUUAAUCAGAUCCCGGCAGCAUGGUUCGUUGCUUUCGUCCCGCAUGUGUAUUCGACGCUGUACUACACAGCCGACAAAACAUCUCCUCGAAACUACAUGUCCGUCCUAGAAAAGGACCAGACAAUUGAUCAAGCCACCAAAGACCGCUUCACCCGCAUUAAAGGAGCGCAACAAAACGGGUUCGAAAAUCUAGGGUUCUUCGCAGCUGCCGUCGUUGCCGGCAAUCUCGCUGGACUCUCCUCAAGCACCCUCAAUGGAUUGAGUGCAGGGUAUGUUGUGAGCAGGGUGGUGUACACCGCCGUCUACAUCAGCAAUACCAACCCGAAGUUUUCUGAUUUGAGGUCUCUGCUCUGGCUUAUUGGGAUUGGGCAAUGUAUCACUUUGUGUGUCAAAGCUGGAAAGGCUUUGCAGGGAGAGCCUCUGGCAUAAUGGGCUUAGCCGAGGUGGAGGUGUGAGAUGAGAGCUGGUUGAUGGCCUAGGCUGGUUGGUGGCCAGGAUGGUGGUGAAAUAACAGCAAGAUAGAAAGAAUAGAACAAAUACUCAACAGAAGUUGCG